CCCUCUUCAAGUACCUCUUCCCUCUUCGCGACCCGGCCCCGGCGCCUGAGAGGAGCCCUGGGUGGGGGUGGGCGUAGUGGGGGCAGAGGCAGGAGCGGUGCUCGGCCCCGCAGAGUGCAGCCGACCGGGCUGGUCCCGAGGCGGUUGCGGCCCCGGGGAAUGGGCGGGUCGAGGGUGUCCAGGGAGUAGGGUCGGGUCGGAGUGCAUUGACCACCGGGCCCAGAGGGUCCGAGCCGGGAGCGGAGCCUGCACCCUCCACCACCCGCCCUUCGGGAAAUUUCAGAACUGAGCCAAGAGGCAGGUGCAUCGGGAAAAUGUGUCUGAGUCCUGCUUGGCAGAAGAGAAACUGAGUCACCAGCUCAGGAGCCGCAGGGUCAGCGGGCCAGGAGGGGGCUGGGUUUGCCUGUGGUGCAGAGGGGUGGGUGGGCCUGUGUGAGCCAAGGUGGCCUCUGCCUGGAGAUUGGUCUCUCUGCUGUGUCUGCACCUCUUGGCUCGGUUCCCCUGUGUUCCAUGACUCUUGCAUCUCUUGGCUUCUUCUCUUUGGUUUGGAAUUGUCCCUGCGGUGGGAGCCAUCUGAAUGUGUAGGGUCUAGGCCAGGAAGGAAGGGGAGGGGUCGCUGAUUGUCAGUCUGAGCAGGAGUCUGAGGUUUGGGGAGACUUCCCUGAGCUGCCCUCUCCCCCAUCCCCCCCGCCCAGUCCGGGUGCCAGUCAUCUUCCAGUAUACUAUGGGGGAGGAACACUAACAAAAGAGCCAUGGGUUGUAAAUGUCAUGCUCAGCUCUGCCACUUGCUAGUUGUAAGAUCUUGGGAAGCCUUCUAUUUUUUCAUUGCUUUCUCAGAAGAAUCGGAACCCAUAAAGAUAGUAUUAAUGGCGGUGGUUUAUUGUGUGCUUACUUUGUGUCGAGCCCUGACAUGUUCCAUUUAAUUCUCCCAAUGAUUCUAUGGGUUAGGGAUCAUUAGCUCCGCUUUAUAGCUACAAAUCUGCACUUCAGAGAGGACAUAUAGUCUGUUCCAGAUCACCCAGCUAAUAGGUGGCAGAGCAGGGAUUUCAUCCCAAGUCCGACUCCAGAUCCCAUAGCCUUAACCAUCAGGCUAACCAGCCUUUAGGGCACACUCCCCAGUGAAAGAAGAGGAAGUGAAAAAGCUCCCUGUUAUGUUUUAUUUAUUUUGUGGCCAACAGAGACUUGCUCUAACCCAGCCCAUAGACUUUCCCCGCCUGGUGCUGCUGCCUCUGGGCCCCAGGCUGAAGGGUCCCCAAAGAAUUGGACUGUGGCCAUUCCGAGCCUCUGUCACAUCGUGUAGGGGUCCUGGGCCCUGGGGUCUGCCUUCAGGACAAGUGCGGUUUCAAUCCAUCACCCAUUCAUCCUCCUUCCUGAGCAGCCUCCCUCCUCAGAGCUGGACCUCAGGACCCAUGAGGCAGGGUCUGUAAGCACUACAGGCCUAGCUCCCCUGAGAGCUGGGUCAGUGAGGGCCUGUGCCUGAGGCCGGGGCAGCCAGGCCCUGGGGACGAGCGCUAUGCAGUGGGCAAAACCAUAGGCUUGGAGUUCGGAAACUGUUCUGGGCUUCGGUUUCCUCAUCUAUUGUCAAGGUUAUUAAAGCCUGUUGCAGGGAAAGCUGCUGCCGUUCACCCCGUGUCUUCUGGUCGCUUCCCUCUUUGCUGCCCCUCCCCACAGGCUCCCCCUCUCCACCUCCUGGGGACCAUCAUGAAUGGUUCCCCUUCCCCGGAGGAUGGGGCCUCCCCCUCUCCUCCCCCUUUGCCACCACCCCCUCCUCCUAGUUGGCGGGAAUUCUGCGAGUCCCAUGCCCGGGCUGCUGCCCUGGAUUUUGCCCGCCGUUUUCGCCUCUACCUGGCUUCCCACCCUCAGUAUGCAGGGCCAGGGGCUGAGGCUGCCUUCUCCCGUCGUUUUGCUGAGCUCUUCCUGCAGCACUUUGAAGCUGAGGUGGCCCGGGCCUCCGGCUCCCUCUCGCCACCCAUCCUGGCUCCCCUGAGUCCUGGUGUGGAGAUCCCGCCACAUGACCUGUCCCUUGAGAGCUGCAGGGUGGGUGGGCCCUUGGCUGUGUUGGGCCCUUCUCGAUCAUCUGAGGACCUGGCCGGCCCCCUCCCUUCCUCAGUCUCUUCCUCUUCUACGACCUCCUCGAAGCCGAAGCUCAAGAAACGCUUCUCCCUCCGCUCAGUGGGUCGCUCCGUCCGCGGUUCAGUCCGUGGCAUCCUGCAGUGGCGGGGGACUGUUGACCCUCCCUCCCCAGCGGGGCCCCUCGAGACCUCAUCGGGCCCCCCAGUCCUGGGUGGAAACAGCAACUCCAACUCCUCUGGGGGGGCCGGGACCAUUGGCAGGGGACUGGUUAGUGACGGAACAUCCCCUGGGGACAGAUGGACUCACCGAUUUGAGCGGCUGAGACUCAGUCGGGGCGGGGGGGCCUUGAAGGACGGAGCAGGGAUGGUGCAGAGGGAAGAGCUGCUGAGUUUCAUGGGGGCUGAAGAGGCAGCCCCUGACCCAGCUGGAGUAGGCCGGGGAGGAGGGGCAGCUGGGCCAACCUCAGGGGGAGGAGGGCAGCCUCAGUGGCAGAAGUGUCGCUUACUGCUCCGAAGUGAAGGAGAAGGAGGAGGAGGAAGUCGUCUGGAGUUCUUUGUGCCGCCCAAGGCGUCUCGGCCUCGACUCAGCAUUCCCUGCUCUACCAUCACGGACGUGCGGACAACCACGGCCCUGGAGAUGCCUGACCGGGAGAACACAUUUGUGGUUAAGGUGGAAGGCCCCUCGGAAUAUAUCCUGGAGACAGCCGAUGCUUUACACGUGAAGGCCUGGGUGUCUGACAUCCAGGAAUGCCUGAGUCCGGGACCCUGCCCUGCCACCAGUCCCCGCCCCAUGACCCUCCCCCUGGCCCCUGGGACCUCAUUCCUUACAAGGGAGAACACUGACAGCCUGGAGCUGCCGUGCCUGAAUCACUCAGAGAGUCUGCCCAGCCAGGAUCUGCUGCUGGGAGCCAGUGAGAGCAAUGACCGCCUGUCACAGGGGGCCUAUGGGGGCCUUUCAGACCGCCCCUCAGCGUCCAUCUCCCCCAGUUCCGCCUCCAUUGCUGCCUCCCAUUUUGACUCAAUGGAACUGCUUCCCCCAGAAUUGCCCCCCCGCAUCCCCAUUGAAGAGGGGCCCCCAGCGGGCACCGUUCAUCCCCUCUCAGCCCCCUACCCACCCCUGGACACUCCGGAAACGGCCACAGGUACCAGAGGAUCAUUCCUGUUCCAGGGGGAGUCAGAGGGAGGUGAAGGGGACCAGCCCCUCUCAGGGUACCCUUGGUUCCACGGGAUGCUCUCUCGACUCAAGGCCGCGCAGCUAGUGCUGGCAGGAGGUGCUGGCUCCCAUGGUGUUUUCCUGGUACGGCAGAGUGAGACGAGGAGGGGCGAGUACGUCCUCACUUUCAACUUCCAGGGCAAGGCCAAGCACCUGCGCCUGUCGCUGAACGAGGAGGGUCAGUGCCGGGUCCAGCACUUGUGGUUCCAGUCCAUUUUCGAUAUGCUCGAGCAUUUCCGGGUGCACCCCAUCCCUCUGGAGUCUGGAGGCUCCAGUGACGUUGUUCUUGUCAGCUAUGUCGUGUCCUCCCAGCGACAGCAGGAACCGAACACCUCCCAUGACCCACCCCAGCCCCCUGAACCCCCUUCAUGGACAGAUCCCCCACAUCCUGGGGCAGAAGAGGCGUCGGGGGCGCCAGAAGUGGCGGCAGCAGCAGCCGCAGCAGCCAAAGAGAGGCAAGAGAAAGAGAAAGCGGGCAGUGGAGGGGUCCAGGAAGAGCUGGUCCCCGUGGUUGAGCUGGUCCCCGUGGUUGAAUUGGAAGAGGCCGUAGCACCAGGCACGGAGGCCCAGGGAGGCGCUGGAUCUGGUGGGGACCCCGGGGCCACCCCGAUGGUGCAACUCCAACAGUUACCACUAGGGGGCGACGGAGAAGAAGGGGGCCAUCCCAGAGCCAUUAAUAACCAGUACUCCUUCGUGUGAGAUACCCUACCCCGCUCUUUCUCCACUCUUCUUGCUCCCCAGCUCUUAGUUGGUGAGAUGGCGCUGGGUGGGGACGUAGAGGAGCGGUAGGAAUCCCCUCCCCACGUGCUUCCUGACCCCUGACGGCCAAGGGCAUCUGCAUUGGUACAAGAAGAGGUUCGAGAGCCCUGUUAACUCCCCAGUUCAUACACUACAGGUGCCCCAUCCCCUGGGCAGGGGAUUUGGGCUCCAUUACCUCCCUGAGGGGCUCUUAUGGUCAGCCCCACCCCUGGGGGCCAUUUCCCCACUAACCACCCCCCAGCCCGAAGAAGGGUGAGGGGGAAGGGCUGUCAGUUACUUUAAGGUGGUUGUUGUUGUUGUUUUAAACAAAAUGGAGAAGCAUAAAUAAAUAAAAGGGUUUAUCUCA